AUGCGCGCCGGCGCCUUCUCAGUUGAAGAAUCAAGAUCUAAUAAACAUUUCAAAGGCAGUACCGUUGUAAUAUUCUGCCGUUAUGGGAUGUGUCGGCAUUCAUCAAUCUUUCAUCCUUUCACAAAUUCUAUUUGUCUUUCUUUCUGCCUUAGACCUUAUCUUGUGCCCCCAGAGUCGCAACAGCUUCUUACACUUUUUCACUCUUCACUCGAAAAGGACAAAAAUAGGCACAGACUUAUUUCUUCCCGAAUUAGUUUUACAUCAGCAAUUUUCUUUCUUUCUUUCUUUCUUUCUUUCUUUCUUUCUUUCUUUCUUCUAGCUGUUUAUCUGUAUCGUUCUCUUCCCUUGGUUUCCUUUCUCGUUUCUCUCCUGUCUUUUUCUCUCCUGUUUUCUCGUUUCUCUUCUGUCUUUUUCUCUCCUGUUUUCUCUCUUUCUUAUCUCUCUUUCCAUCCUCCCUCUUUUUUCUUUUUUCUCUCUCUCUCUCUCUCUUCUUUAGAUAAUGGUUUUUACUCACGGCCAAAACAUUUUAUUAACUCUUAUCUAUCUAUCUAUCUAUCUAUCUAUCUAUCUAUCUAUCUAUCUAUCUAUCUAUCUAUUAUUAAUGGGUGGUGA